AUGGGACAAAACUGUUGCAAACCUUACAAGGGUUCCCGGUUCAACCGUCUCUCCAAGCUCAAGGCUGAGGCCGAUGCUGCUGCCCAGGCAGCUAGAGACUCUGACCACACGGAGCCCCAUCCUACACUCGUCCAGUUUCUCGAGAACAGCCACGACCCGUCGACGGCCGCACCCGGCUCAGAGCCGAUGUCCUCUCCUUUGCUUAUACCGCAGAUCGAUGCUAAUCGUGAGAUGCGGAUAGAGAUCGAGACCAACGAUCCCCAAGGCACGACCCAAAACUUGCAAAAAAGUCGCCGCAGGAACUCCCGUGAAUGGCUGCAGCAGCAGCGCAAGCGGCUCACGAAGUCCCGCUCGUUCGGCCAGCUCAAAAAGAACAAAGUAGCACUCGCCCAUGACGAGGUCAUCAGGCUGGGGCCGCAUCCGAUCACUGUGGUGGAAGCAUCGACAUUGUCCCGUGAAGCGAGCACAAACUCCAACGGAAGCCUCGAACCACUGCCGGCGGGAGGAGAGAGCAUUGUCUUGUCACCUGGCGGGCCGGACGCUUGCCAAGCUCGUUAUCAACAAGACCCAACGUUGCUGGCGCCCACGCCACGUCGGCCCAUGGCCACCCGCUUCCCAUUCUUGAACCCGGCCACGGUCAGCGCCACGACAACACACAGCAGCAACGAUUGCGAGGAAAACGAGGGAAUGGGACCGAGCCAGCAAAACAUGGCCCAGGGCACCCAAGAAGGUGAAGCCGACCAUGCAGACGAUGGGGUCAACGUGGUCAACAGUGAUUCCUUACCAUCAUCGGCAAUCGUCGCGCUGCGUCCGCGCGAGGAUCGCGAGCAGCGUUCCGAGUACGGAAGCAUUCACUCGAACGCGCCGAGCAUAUACUACCUCGCUCCAAGCUCGCCACAGAUCCCGCCCAAGGACAGUGCGGCUUCUCUCGUCCCCAAAGAAACCCAUGCAGCCAGUCCGCACCAUUCUGUCACUUUGCGAUACGGGAGUGGGGCUCAAGACAACGCUGUGGAGACUAAUGAGAGUCGGGACAAUGAGGUAGAGGAAAGGUCAGAGCAGAACGGCGAAGUACACCGCAGUGAAGCUCCAGGCAGCACGGCCAAGGUGGAUAACGAACUCGACAACAAUUUCCUCUACGCAGUCAUGGCGUUUGUGGCCUCGCAAGGACCACGUCCGCAGUCACCUUCGCCGAGUCAUGAGGAAAGAAGAUUGGAAGUUCUCGUGGCCGGCAGCGGCUCAGUGUGA